AUGACUCCCCCUCUCUCUCAAAGGUCUACAAAGCGCCGUAGAAAUCGAGAUACACCACCACGACCAUUAAACUCGUUUAUGAUAUAUCGUCGAGAAUUUCAAAAAAAGAUCAAGGAACAGAAUCCCAAUAUUCUUCUUUCAGAACUCUCUCGAAUUUCAAAGUCCGCUGCGGACCAGUGGGCUAAUGAACCACAAAACGUGAAACAAAUCUACGCCGAAAAGGCCAGAUUCGAAAAAGAACAGCAUAUGAAAUUGUAUCCGAAUUACGUUUAUUGUCCGAGACGUCCAACAAAAACGAAACCGAGAAAAAAGUCCACGUCCGAAGGCUCUUCAGAGAAGAUGUCGGUUAGAUUUCUCCUGAAUGAUGAUCCAACAACAAAUUCUUCAUUUAGAGCCUACCACCCUCAUACCUUUGCAUGA